GGUCAAAGACCUCCAGGAGGAAUUCCCAGACAACCAGGGAGUGGAGGCGGAGGAGGUCCACUAGAAGGUGGAGGAGGACCAAUUCCCGCAGCUCUAGGACCAAACUCCAUUGACUCUCAGCUGCUAGCAGCAUUCGCCGCCACUCUGCGCAACGCCCUCCCCCAGGAAGAAAUAAGCAAACCAGCUGAAUUCUCCAGAGAUAUCGAGAAAGCUCAAAACUUCAUCCAUCAAUGCGAAAUGUAUUUCCUCUCCAAAGCCUCAUGGUUCCCAACCGACCAAGCAAAGAUUCGCUUCGCCAAUUCCCUCAUGAAAGAUUUGGGAAAGAAACAACCCCAGAAAUGGGCGACGGUCAAGGAGAAAUUAUAUCUUCUUCAAAGAUGGCCCACCUGGGCUACACAUCGCCAGGACUUCUUGGAAGCCUACAAGACAACCAACCCAAAAUCCCGAGCUAUGGUCAAACUCCAUCAGAUUGUUCAGAAAGACCAUGAAACAGUCAAUGAGUACAAUGUGCACUUCAACACAUUGAUUGCAGAAGCAGAGAUAGUCAACCCAGAUGCUGACAGAAACCUCCUCCAGCAAUAUCUUCGCGGAUUGAAGGAGUCCCUUGCGCGCCAACUGAUUGCCCACAUGCCAAUUAAUGCCACAUUCUCAAACAGGCAAACACAUCUUCCUACCAAUUCUGGAACUGCAAUGAACACUCCUGCACCCUACACCUGCGACCCCAACACCAUGGACGUCGACGCCCUUGAUACUGGACAAAGCAAAAUUAAGUGCUACAAUUGCAGAAAAUUUGGGCACAUUGCCAGAGAAUGCAGACAACCUCAGCAAGCAGGAGAGAGAGGAUCCUACCAAGGAGGAAGAAAU